AUGGGAUCUCUCGCCCUUCCAGACAGCCUGGAUGGUGGUGGCAGCAUUUGCUCUGUGAUUUCUCAGGCUUCGCAGCAGGCCUCCCAACAGGCUUCACAACAGGCAGAGACAACUCAAGCUGGGGCCAUCACCGAGUUCCGACAGCUCGUGGAGUACCCUCCGAUCUCAGAGGAGGAUCAGAUCAAGCUGAAGGGCACGCUGAAGCAGUACCGUGAGUGGGAGGCAGCCGAGCUGAAGAAGAUGCGGAAUGCAGGCAAGAAGGAAGAUCCAAAGGCCAAGGCCAAGAAGGACAAAGCGAAGGAAAAGGCAAAAGAGAAAGGAAAGAAAGGAAAGAAGGGCAAGAAAGAGGAGGAGGUGGUCGUCGAGGCCAAGGAGAUCCCUCCUGACCCUGCCUUUGCACAGGGGCUUAAGCUCAACGCCUUCGACCACUGUGUGAAGGCCCUGCAGGGCCGCCUUGCAGAGCAGCCGGCGCCGGUUGCUGCAGAGCUGCUGAGUCGGGCUCUUGCCGUGGUUGCGGUCGCAGAGAGGGAGGGAGCGGACCUCGAGGCAGAGUCAGUGGAGGUGCCGAAGGGUGCACCAGAGGAGGCAGAGGAGGAGGCACAGCCCCUUGAUGGCACGCGAAAUGCGGAG